AUGGCUCGCAUUGCGCAGCCAUUACUUAUCCGUCAAAUUGUUCUCUACAUUAAAGAUCAAUCAGGACUACCAGCUUACUCCGGUUAUCUAUAUGCCAUUGGUCUUUGCAUUGCUGCAAUUGUGCAAGCAACCGCUCAACAGCAGAUUAUCUUUCGAAAUACACGUGUCGGCAUGCGAGUUCGUAAUGCAUUAUCAUCGGUCAUCUAUAAGCACUUGUUAACCAUCAAUACCGCAGCUCUUCACAAGACUACUGCGGCUCAGGCGAUUAAUUUAGUAGCCAAUGAUGCCAAUAAAUUUUCAGAGUUAAGCAUUUUCGUGCAUGCUCCAUUCAUGGUACCGCUAGAGAUUUUCACAGCGUUUGGUCUCAUUUGGUGGAUCAUCGGUUUACCAACAUUAUUCGGAUAUGCAGUACUGCUUUUGUUAAUACCGAUCCAGUUUAUUUUUAGUAAACAAUUUGGCCGAUACAGAAAGAGCACAAUGGCAUGUACAGACAAACGUGUACAAGCAAUCAAUGAACUGGUCAACGGAUGUCAAAUUAUAAAAAUGUACAAUUGGGAAAAAGCCAUGGAGCAACGCGUACUUGAAAUACGUCAACAGGAACUUUCAAACGUGCGUAAAGCGAGCAGCUUGCGCGCUCUCAAUGUUGCUAUUUCCUUUACAGCGAUACCUUUGGUUUCUCUUGCCACAUUCGGUGGAAGUUGGCUAAUGGGUCGAACUAUGCUUGCAGAAAAUAUAUUCUCAACACUAUCCUUCUUCACAAUGGUCCGACUUCCGCUAACAAUUACGAUGCCGUACUUCAUUGAAAAACUCAGUGAAGCACGUGUUUCUGCAAGACGAAUCGACCAAUUCAUGCAACUGGACGUCUUGGUGAAUAAACGUGAAACGGCGAAGGACAAAAAUAUGGAUCAUGCAAUUACAAUGGAAGAUGCAUCAUUUUCUUGGAAGGAUAUUCCUUCUUUGUCUUCUCUCAAUCUCAAAAUCAGAAAUGGUAACUUGGUUGGGCUGAAAGGUGUCAUCGGUACUGGUAAGUCCACUCUACUAGCUGCUAUUCUCGGUGAGAUCAAUCUUGUCAGUGGAAAAUUACAAGUAUAUGCUCAAUCGAUUUCGUAUGCUCCACAAUCCCCAUGGAUAUUUUCUGACACUGUUCGAGCUAAUAUUCUACUUGGUAAACCAAUUGAUGAAGUACGUUACAAGAAUGUGAUCAAAGCAUGUUGUCUUGAUAUCGACCUACAGAAUUUCGGCAAAGUUGGUGAUCUAUUGAUGAUUGGUGACAAAGGGAUUAAUUUGAGCGGAGGACAAAAAGCUCGAAUAUCGCUUGCUCGUGCACUUUAUGCUGAAGCUGACUUAUAUUUACUCGACGAUCCACUUGCUGCCGUUGAUCCCAAGGUGGCAAAAAGUAUUUUUGAUCAAGGCAUCGGUCCACGUAGUCUCCUUCAAGGAAAAACUCGAAUAUUGGUUACGCACCAGACACACUUUUUUACGGAAAUAGAUCAAAUAUUUCUCUUAGAAAAUGGACGCAUCGAAGAAUUAGAUAUUCAACAAGGAACGACAACUGAACCAGCGAAUGAAACAUCAGAAAUAGAUUCAUCGAACACCAAGGAAACGGAUUGGAAACUUGACACUCCUAUAACUGACAUGAAUUCAAUUGUAAAGGAUGAGACAUCCGUCGACGGUUCCAUCAAGUGGAGUAUUUGGCUAGAACUGUUUACUUCACCUCCGUUACGUUGGUUUGGCUUUUUGCUUAUGAUUAUUUUGUUGCUUGGCAAUGAAGCUUUGUACGAUUUUACAAAUAGUUGGCUUGCUGUAUGGUCUAGUAAAGACGAAAGCAAACAAAAAUCCUCAUUUUAUGCUUAUGUCCAUCUUGGAGGUGUACUGUCUACAUUGAUCGUUGCGUUAAUACGUGUCGGCUAUAUCAUUUAUAUUAUGCUGUGCGGUUCGACCUAUUUCCACAAUCGAAUGCUCAAAGGUAUCUUGUACACAUCGUUACGUUUCUUUGAAAAUAAUCCAAGUGGACGAAUCUUGAAUCGAGCGAGUAAAGAUCAACAAGUAAUAGAUGAAUCAUUACCCCUGGCUUUAAUCGAUACUUUGCAAUAUCUACUACUAACUACUGGUUCUGUCGUAAUCAUUGGAAUAGCUAACCCAUGGGUACUUCUGAUUCUCAUUCCGUUGGCGCCCACUGUUUUGUGGCUUCGUCGGUUUUAUAUGCGUUCAAGCCGUCAACUCAAACGACUGGAAAGUGUAACGCGUAGUCCUAUUUAUACGUUGUUCGCCACCUCGUUAGACGGACUCACUAGUAUUCGUGCGUUUGACGUUCAAGACGAUUUUUUGAAGAAGUUCAUCGACCGAAUCGAUACAAAUUCACGAGCUUAUUUCAUUCUCUCUGCCACUACGCAUUGGUUUGGCUUACGACUGGAUCUUCUGACAUCUUCACUUACUCUGGCUACUGGGAUUCUCGCUGUAGCGUUGCGCCAUCGGAUCGAUCCAUCGACAGCAGCCCUCAGUAUAAGCUACUGCAUUACCUUAACAGGUCUCUUUCAAUGGGCCAUACGCCAAUCAGCCGAAGCUGAAAAUUUCAUGACCAGUGCAGAACGUAUUCAUGAAUACGGUCAACUGCUCCCAGAAAACUAUCAGAACGCUAAUGACAGCGAUGUGCACCUUCAACCAAACAACGACUGGCCUUCUCGUGGUAUUAUUGAAUUUAAAAACUACACUUUUCGCUAUCGGCCAGAGCUAGAUCCUGUACUAAAAAAUCUUAAUCUACGAAUUGACUCCAGGGAAAAGAUUGGAAUUAUCGGUCGAACAGGUGCGGGAAAGUCAUCAGUUCUUCAAGCUCUCUUUCGACUUGUCGACCAGUCAUCAGUCAAUGGAACCAUUCUCAUCGAUGACAUCGAUAUUGGGCGUCUGUCUCUCGAUUAUCUUCGUUCCCAUAUAAGUGUUAUCCCGCAAGUACCCAUACUCUUUUGCGGUACCCUUCGAUACAAUAUUGAUCCGUUCGUACAAUUUACCGAUGAAGAGUGUCUUACAGCGCUUGAAGCUGCUCAACUCAAAUCAAUGAUGCGCAACCAUCCCGGUGGAAUGCAUUUGUUGGUAGCUGAAUCUGGCACAAAUUUGAGUGCUGGAGAACGACAAUUGGUUUGUGUCGCUCGAGCCAUUCUGAAGAGAAGCCACAUAUUGCUGAUUGAUGAGGCUACUGCAAAUGUUGACUAUGCGACCGACAGGAUGAUUCAAGAAGUGAUUGCUGACAAGUUUCGUGAUCGUACCAUAUUAACGAUUGCACAUCGAUUGAACACAGUAGCCAAUAGUGAUCGGAUUCUCGUAUUACAACAAGGAGAGGUUGCCUACUUUGAUGUGCCUAGUAAUAUAAAUCUAACUUAA